AUCCUUGAUAAUUUUCAUCAUCUUUGUAGAGCUGCAUAUUGUUUCAUUUAACAGCAAACGGUGCAGUGAAAACGGUGCUCGGUCUCUUGUACUCCAUCUUUGCCCAAAAGUAAAUUAAAAGAAAUCCAAGAUGCCGUUCAAGAGUAUUAAGGCCCGCCAGAUCUUCGACUCGCGCGGUAACCCUACCGUGGAGGUGGACCUGGUAACCGAUCUGGGACUGUUCCGUGCUGCCGUUCCAUCUGGAGCCUCCACCGGUGUCCACGAGGCACUGGAGCUUCGUGACAACGAAAAGGCCAACUGGCAUGGCAAGGGUGUCCUGAAGGCGGUUGAGAACAUCAACAAGGUCAUCGCCCCAGCUGUACUGAGCUCUAACCUUUGCGUUACUCAGCAAAAGGAGCUCGAUGAGCUGAUGCUGAAGCUUGACGGAACCGAGAACAAGUCGAAGCUCGGUGCCAACGCUAUUCUGGGCGUUUCGUUGGCCAUCUGCAAGGCCGGCGCUGCCAAGAAGGGUGUCCCGCUGUACAAACACAUUGCUGAUCUGGCUGGCAAUGCCAACAUCAUCCUGCCGGUGCCGGCCUUCAACGUCAUCAACGGUGGUAGCCACGCCGGCAACAAACUGGCGAUGCAGGAGUUCAUGAUCCUCCCGACCGGUGCGUCCUCGUUUACCGAGGCAAUGAAGAUCGGCAGUGAGGUGUACCAUCAUCUGAAGAACGUCAUCAAGGCCAAGUUCGGCCUGGAUGCGACGGCCGUCGGUGAUGAGGGAGGCUUCGCCCCCAACAUCCUGGAAAACAAGGAAGCGCUGAACCUGAUCCAGGACGCUAUUGCGAAGGCUGGCUACACGGGCAAGGUCGAGAUUGGUAUGGAUGUGGCCGCGUCCGAGUUCCACAAGGAUGGCAAGUACGAUCUGGACUUCAAGAACCCGAAAUCGGACGCCAGCGCUUGGUUGGCUCCGGAUGCGCUGGAGCAGCUGUACCAGGGCUUCAUCAAGGACUUCCCGAUCGUCAGUAUUGAGGAUCCCUUCGAUCAGGAUCACUGGGAUGCGUGGAGCAAAAUCACUGCCAACACCACGAUCCAGAUUGUCGGUGACGAUUUGACCGUUACCAACCCGAAGCGCAUUGCUACGGCCGUCGAAAAGAAGGCUUGCAACUGUCUUCUGCUGAAGGUCAACCAGAUCGGUUCAGUCACGGAAUCGAUUAAUGCGCAUCUGCUGGCAAAGAAAAACGGCUGGGGUACCAUGGUUUCCCACCGUUCCGGUGAGACUGAGGACACGUUCAUUGCCGAUCUGGUCGUGGGUUUGAGCACCGGCCAGAUCAAGACCGGUGCCCCGUGCCGAUCGGAACGUUUGGCUAAGUACAACCAAAUUCUGCGCAUCGAGGAGGAGCUCGGUGCCGGUGCGAAGUUCGCUGGUAAGAGCUUCCGUCAUCCGCAGUAAACGUUCUGUACGAGAUGGUUCCACCCGUUGUUGGCGAAAGGAUAGUUUACGAGAUCCGUCGUGCGUUAGGGUGAUUCGUCGUGGGACCCUAGCGGAUGGUCCCAGUAUCUCUGCACGAUGAUGUACUCCAUCAUUGAAAACUCACCCCCACUGCUCGUGGUUGUCGCAUAAAAGACGCAUAAAUAAGACCCACCAGCUCUGAGCGCUUACAACCUCAUCAACCUAACCUCGGUAUAUUUAUCGUCAUGAAACUCUAACUGCAAGCAGCAUAAAUUGUAAGGCUUAAACUUAUUGAAUGUUAUAAUUGUUAAAUGAAAGUGUGACAGUCACGUUUGUCAAUGCAUUACUGAAAGUACAUGAUCAUUCGAUAAUACACGGAAACCACGGUAGGAAUAACCUUA